UUUAUAUACAUAUAAAUAAUCAAAUGUGAAUAGAUUCAGUCGCGGGUUACAAGUGAUCUUAGUCCAAAAUUCAAAAUUAUAUGAGGCCCUCAUCUUGGGCCUAAGAUUAAAGAGCUUUUGCAGGAGCAGGUUUGGGCCUAAGUGGCAUUCAACAGAAAAAAUGAUUGGGAAAGAGGGGUAAAACUGGAAAAACAAAAACUGUAGGCGGGAAAGAGAGCCGUUGCCCGGCAGGCACCAAAUUCUGGCGCCAAAAUCUAAGUUUCCCUCUGGUUUUAGCUGCCCAUUGCCCGAAAUUUUACGGGUAUCCCAAAAUAAUUUCACAACAAUAUUCUUAUUCUUAUUCCCUAUAAAACCUUAUCAUUAUACAUUUACAUAAUAUUAAGCAAAUUAGAUUUUUGCUAUCUGUUUUCUCCAUACCCUUUUCCCGCUUCUUUUCUUUUUCUUUCAUUCAAAGUCUUUGCAAAAGAGACCCUUUUAGUUCAUUCUUAUUCUUCUUCCUCUUCCUUGUUCGCCAAAGUUUGUAACUUUUUCAAAUCAAAGAGUUUUUUUUUUUUUUUUUUGUGGUUUUGGUUAUUAAAAAUGGGAUCUUCAAAGAAACAUCAAGUAGAUGGAAGCAAAGAAGAGGAAAAAAUGUGGGUAAUUGCAGGAAUAGCCUUUCGGCCAAAACUGAAAUCAAUAUCCACAAAAAAGCCUAGCAGAGAAGAGUGUGAAGAUGAAGAAGAAUGUUCAACAACUCCAACGGCAAGAGAUUCAAGGAUACCGGAAAAACUUCCAUGUCCACCGGCACCGGUGAAACGCCGGCCGGUGUCAGCAUGUAAUUAUAAUGGUGCUAGGGAGUAUUUUAAUCCACCAGAUCUUGAGUCUGUGUUUAUUUUGCGACAUGUGGAGAGAGCAAAUUAAAACAGAAAGAGUCACUUUUGCUCUUUGUUUUGGGUCUAUUUUUUCUUGUUCUGUAAGUUUGUUAGGAGUAGUAUUUUUUUAGUAGCUUAGGUUUUUGAGAUUGAAAUAAGGAUGAUGAUGUAAUAUACA